GGGGAAACCAGGAGGAGGAGAAGCAGCGGAGUUUGAGGGGAAAGGUCCCGCGACCUCUCGGCCCCUCAGAGGUGUUUGUCCUUCUCUCGAAAGAGGAUGUGGGCCCCGCUGCCUCCUCUGGGCCCGGCCUCCUCGGAGCCCGCCCUUGCUUGGCCUGCCUGAGGCCUGCCAGCGCGCCAAGGGAGGACCGGGGAGGCCGCCGACCAGCAUGAGUGCGGGCUCCGAGUGGGAAAACCCCCGGAAAAGGCCCCGCUUGGACCCCUUCGUGGCCUCCCCCGCAGACUCCGAGCAGGGACAGGCCCCUUCCGCCCAGAGGAGAGUCACCCCUCAGCCGCCGCAGCCUCCUCCUCUUCUUUCUCCUCUCGACAGGGAGGAAUUGCUCAGCAGCAGCAGCCAAGGCAACGCCACAGUCACGGUGGGGAACAAAGUUUACAAACAAAGGAGGAUUACCUCUUGGAUGGAAAAUAAAGGACCCAGAGUGGCGGAGUCAAAAAGCUUGAAAAAUAAAACUAGCGGCACUGAAGCAGAUCUCAAAAUGGCAUUUGUCAAGAAAGACAAUGUUUUUGAACAUGAGGUGGAAAAAAUUGAAGAUGUUCUAGAGCAGGGCUGUUCUGGAUUGUCUGCAGAAAUGCCUCAGACUGGUGCCUUGCAUAAAUGGGAAGCCAAGGGCACGCGUAGAGAUCAGCCCUCAGAAGCAGAGCACAUGACAAUCACUCAUGCUGGAGACCAGUUGACAAAUGCAAACAUAAAUCAGAUACACAAAACUGGUGGUCAGACACAUCGUGUUUGCAAUGAGAAUCAGGAGAAUUAUUCCACUAGGAAGCUUUCAUCAGGCAGCCCUGUGAAGACAGCAGAUAUAAAACAACCUUCAAAAGGGAGCAAUACAGAAAAGCAAGCGACUUCACGAAAUCCUCAAUCCCAUAAGAACUGCAACUCUGAGCAUGUAUCCUGUAUAAAUGCUGGACCAGAUGAGAUAGGUGUGGUUCCUGAGAGCCCACUUUCAGAUGCAGGUUGUGACGCAUGUUCAUCUGACUUGUAUGUUACUCAGAACAGAAAUCAAGGAUUCUUGGGAGAGUCUCCUUCUUUUGAGAAGGAGAGUGAGCCUGACUCACCAAUGGAUGUAGAUAAUUCUAAAAACAGUUGUCAGGGCUCAGAGGCUGAUGAAGAAAGCCCACUUCUUGAGGACCAAGACGAUAUUGAUGUGUCAAAAACACUUAGCAAAUCUUCACAUAUACAAAGGUCAGGUGCUGACUUGGAUUCUAGGAAAUCAAACUUCGCUCCCCAAAGAGGCGAAGGUGUACUGUUUAGCCUCCACUUGGAAGAAACAGAUAAUCUGCUCAAACAAGAAGAAACACACACUGAGUCAUCUGGGAUUUCACCUGUUGUGUCAACAGAAUGUAAAGGUGCCAAACACUGUGGGAAGAAGGAUUCUAAAAUUACGGCCCAUUUCAUGAGGGUUCCAAGGACAGAAGAUAAAAGGAAUGAACAGUGUGAGUUAAAGUCCAGUCGACCGGGAAAGAAGAUUCCCAAGUAUACUCUUCCUCCAUUUCCAACUAAUAAAAAGUGGUUUGGGACACCCAUUGAAGAGAUGAGAAGAAUGCCAAUGUGUGGAACACGGCUUCCUCAUUUGAGGCCCUCUGCCAAUCAUACAGUGACAAUUCGAGUAGAUCUUUUGAAGGAAGGAGAAGUGCCUAAACCUUUCCCAACACAUUAUAAAGAUUCAUGGGAUAAUAAACAUGUCAAAAUGCCUUGUUCAGAACAAAAUUUAUACCCUAUAGAAGAUGAGAAUGGCGAUAGAACUGCUGGGAGCCGAUGGGAAUUAAUCCAGACUUCUUUGCUUAAGAAGUUUACCAGUUCCCGUGAUUUGAAGGACGCUAUUCUCAGAUACAAUGUCGCAUAUGCCAAGAAAUGGGACUUCACAGCCCUCACUGACUUCUGUGACAAGGUGCUUGAGGAUGCAGAGGCUCAGCAUCUGUUUCAAUCCAUUUUGCCUGAUAUGGUGAAACUUGCACUCUGCCUACCUAGCAUCUGCACUCAGCCAAUACCUCUACUGAAACAAAAAAUGAACCACUCCAUCACAAUGUCACAAGAACAGACUGCUAGUUUGCUAGCAAAUGCCUUCUUCUGCACUUUCCCCCGGCGAAAUGCCAAGAUGAAAUCAGAAUAUUCAAGCUAUCCAGAUAUUAACUUCAACAGGUUGUUUGAAGGACGUUCGCCUAGGAAGCCUGAGAAACUGAAAACCCUUUUCUGCUACUUCAGAAAAGUCACAGAAAAAAGACCCACUGGACUGGUGACAUUUACAAGACAGUGUCUACAGGAAUUUCCUGAGUGGGAAAGAUCUCAGAAAAAAAUGUCAAAGUUGCAUGUCACAUAUGAAGGUACUAUAGAAAACAACGGGCAUGGAAUGCUACAGGUUGAUUUUGCUAAUCGCUUUGUUGGAGGUGGUGUCACUGGUGCAGGACUGGUACAGGAAGAAAUUCGCUUCUUAAUCAACCCAGAACUGAUUGUAUCUCGUCUUAUUACUGAAGUCCUGGAUCACAAUGAGUGCCUAAUUAUCACAGGUGCAGAGCAAUAUAGUGAAUACACUGGCUAUGCAGAAACCUAUCGGUGGGCCAGGAGCCAUGAAGAUGAAACACCCAGGGAUGAGUGGCAGAGGCGAUGCACUGAAAUUGUGGCUAUAGAUGCAUUUCAUUUCAGACGUUUCCUUGAUCAGUUUGCUCCUGAGAAAAUUAGAAGAGAGCUCAACAAGGCUUAUUGUGGUUUUUCGCGACCUGGUGUCCCACCACAUCACCUUUCGGCAAUAGCUACAGGAAACUGGGGAUGUGGUGCCUUUGGAGGUGAUGCAAGAUUAAAAGCCUUAAUACAAAUCUUGGCAGCUGCAGAGGCUGGGCGAGAUGUGGUUUACUUUACCUUUGGAGAUGCUGAACUGAUGAGAGACAUUUACAGCAUGCACACUUUCCUAAUUGAAAAAGAACAAACUAUUGGGGAUAUUUACAGGCUGCUGCUAAAAUAUUACAACGAGGAAUGCAGAUGUUGCUCUACUCCAAGACCAGAAGUCAAACUUUAUCCUUUCAUAUAUAGUACAGUUGAAUCCUAUGCAGGCUCCACUGAUGAUGAUAGAGGACUAUGUUUUGAAGACUAGAACGGAAUUGUUUGGAGUAAACAUCCUCCUCCGUCUCCAUGUAGAAUAUCCAUGGAAUUUCUGGAUGUAACAUACGAUGUAGCUUAAUUUAAUAUCUAUAUAUCUAUCUGUGUGUAUAUAAAAAUUGCAUUUGUUUUAUGCUACCUGAAGACCAAUAUUGAAAAGAAACAGGUUUUCUUUCCAUUUUAGAAUGUAAAUCCUAAUAGGCACACAAAGAACAAAAUAUUUGCUAAACAUACCUCCCAUCCAGGCUCCAUAUUCAGGUCUAUGUUUCUUGGCAGGUUUAUAGAUGCCAAAUUUUCUUUCCAUUUUUAUAGAAUGAUCAUAUGGUUAAAAAAAGGCAAAAGAGCAAUUGAGAGUCAGAUGUCAUAUAUAACCCUUCAGUUGAACCCACAGUAGUAUAAUUUAUGAGGCAGGGGAAAGAGAAAGCCUGUCAAUUGUCUGCGGUAUUGGGUAUGUAAUUCCCUCUCCUCUUAAGGUUGCUGUGUGCCUCCUUAGACCUUUAAAGUGUUUAGGUUUGCAAAUAACACCCUGCUUUGUAGAAAAUAGACAAAGAAGCCCUAGAAAUAGUGGAGAAGAGAAUCCAGAACGUAUCUUCUUUUUGGAGGCCACAGUAGAGUCUUAAGAAAGGAUAAACAGCAAAAGAAAUGUUGUAUAAUAAAUCUGGGCAGCAGAAAGGUUUAAGAUUCAAAGUAAGGGAAGCUUUUUUAUAUUAUUUCUUACAUUUCAAAAACAUAUAGCAAGGAACAUAUAUUUAUGAAAUGGUUAAACAGCUUUUUAAAAAAGAUUUUAAAAUUGCACAGGGUUCGGUCCAGUUUGGUGAUAUUGCUAGGGUACAGCUGGAGAUAUCUAUAUAUCCAUAUGUUAUUUCAUGUUCAUUGAAACCUAGAUCAUUAUACCUGGGUUUCGUUCAGUAAUGUAAAGCAUGCCUUGUUAAGUAUGGACAGUGUCGGGAAAAUUAGGAUAUGAUCAGUUCUUAACAAUUGGGGCCAAUCAAGGGAAACAUUCACCCACAAAACAAGUGGGAAUUGUGGAAGCUAAAGUCAUGCUUUCUCACAACUGCUUGUUAUUUCAGCAGGACAUCAUAACCAUUACUACUGGAUUCUUUCCUUUGUGGGAAGGUGCUUGGAGAAAAUAAAACAAAAAUAGAAGCUACUUGUUGCUUGCCAUGAAUUUGGCAAGAGAUGAGCAUAGAGAUUAUUCUGAAAGGGACAUAACACAAAUUUUGCUAUAACCAGUUGCAGAGCGGUCAGAGGAAAAGGUCCAAGCAGAAAACUAUGUUGCUUAAUGUUGAAUGCAUCAUGAUGCUGAGUUGACUUCUCCUGCUCUAAAGCAAAAUUGCUUAGGGUGAAUGGGUUAGCAAGAGUUGUAUGGUUCCGGCAGCUGCCUAGUUAAAGAGAAAAACUAAACUCCAGGAUUCUGUGUCAAAGGCAAAAGGGAUAACUCUAUAUCAAUUCAGUAUUUCCCCUUUGCCACCAUUUAUUUUGCAGCUCCUUCGCAGCUGUGUAGUGUGCUUUCUCUCUUAUUAAUGAGAGAAAACUUCUUGCUGCUGAACGGUGAAGUCUGAAUGGGAAAGUCCCGUUGCAUUGACCUUCAGUAUGGUAGAGUGCUAUUCUGUCCUGACCAAUCUCUUGUCUUAAAAUUCCUCAGUGACAACACAUGCAGUUAUGGUCACCUGUGACUAUAUUAUAAGAAGUAAGUUGUUAUAAAAAGUUUUCAGCAUAUUAUUAAUUCUUUAAACUUGCAGGUUGUGCAUCUGUUAUAUUUUUGAUUGGGACGAUGAAGAAUUGGUAUGCUGUGUGUACAUGAUUUUCUUUUGUAAUAGGAAAAAAUAAAACAUUUUCUCCA